AUGGCAAGGCCAUUACCGAGCAUCAGCAUGCAUAAACUCUCAUCAUUUUUGCCUGCGCCAAUCAUCUUCUUCAUCAUCCUAGUUUCAGUUCUGUCCAUGUUUUCUCUUGCACCUUUUCUGUGUGGUUCUCACAAAUCUAUGAGAAACAAUGAUGGGAGAAGAAGAAGUGUGAGAUUGGGAGAGAAAAACGGGACAGUUAAAAGAAUGAAAAGUGGCUUAAGCAGUAAAGCUCUUUUAAUGGCUAAGAUGAUUUCUUGGAGAAAAGUGCAGGAUGAAGAAGGAGGCCAAGAGGAUAUUAAUUUCAGCGAUGGCGAUGAAGACGAUAUUGUUUGGAAGAGAACGAUUAUUAAAGGCGAGAAGUGUCGUCCUUGGGAUUUUUCGGGGAAAAUUUUGUAUGAUUCUAAUGGAAAUCUUCUGCCAGAUUCACCUCAUCAUUCAAGUUAA